ACAUCGGAGGUAUAUAUACUCAAUAUUGUUUAACCGGUUGAUAAAAAUCAGUUGUAGUUGUUUCUAUGAAACCAACCAUGAAUUCUGCGUUAAGUUGGAAAAUUAUCGCAAAUUGUUCAACAACAAAAGCCAGAGUAGGAAAAUUAACUUUGCCACAUGGACCAGUUGAUACACCAGUAUUUAUGCCAGUUGGAACUCAAGGAACAUUAAAAGGUUUAACACCAAAACAACUAGAAGAAUUAAAUUGUCAAAUAAUGUUAAACAAUACGUAUCAUUUGGGUUUAAGACCUGGACAAGAAUUAAUUGAAGAGCUUGGUGGAUCACAUGAAUUUCAAAAUUGGAAUAGAAAUUUAUUAACUGAUAGUGGAGGAUUUCAAAUGGUAUCAUUAUUAAAGCUUGCUAGAAUAACAGAAGAAGGAGUAGAAUUUCAAUCACCGCAUGAUGGAUCUACAAUGUUGCUUACACCUGAACAUUCUAUGUCACUACAAAAUUCAAUUGGAGCAGAUAUUAUUAUGCAACUAGAUGAUGUUGUAUCAUCGCUUACAACAGGGCCAAGAGUUGAAGAAGCAAUGUAUAGAUCUAUUAGAUGGUUAGAUAGAUGUAUAAAUUCUCAUAGAAAACCCGAUACGCAAAACUUAUUUGCAAUUAUUCAAGGUGGAUUAAAUAUUGAUUUAAGAAAAAAAUGUAUUGAAGAAAUGGUUAAACGUGAUACCCCGGGAUAUGCGAUUGGUGGAUUAAGUGGUGGCGAAGAAAAAGACACUUUUUGGAGAAUAGUGACUUUUUCUACUGAUUUGUUACCAAAAAGUAAACCAAUAUAUUGUAUGGGUGUUGGAUAUGCUGAAGAUCUUGUAGUAUGUUCUGCUUUAGGAGUCGACAUGUACGAUUGUGUAUUUCCGACGCGUACUGCUAGAUUUGGUAAUGCGUUAACUUCAAAAGGACCAUUAAAUUUGAAAUCAACAAAAUUUGCACAAGAUUUUGAACCAAUUGAAAAAGAUUGUAAUUGUUUAACAUGUAAAAAAUAUACAAGAGCAUAUAUUCAUAUGCAUGCAACGAGAGAAACAGUUGGAUGUCAUUUGAUUACAUUGCACAAUGUAUCAUAUCAAUUAAGACUUAUGAAUAGCAUUAGGCAAGCUAUUUUAAAAGACGAAUUUCCUACUUUCGUACAACUUUUUUUUAAAGAAUUAUUUGGUGGUAAAGAUAAUUAUCCUACUUGGGCCGUCAAUGCCCUAAAAAGUGUUAAUAUUGAACUACUUCCGUGAAAAAUAGAAAAUGAAAAGAAUUUAAUUUAGUAUUUCAUAAAUAAUAUAAAUAAU